CUAGAAUGAUUAACGAUACAAACCGAAUUGAUACAAAAUCACAAAACAGACUUACAAAAUAGCCCCGACAAUCCUAACAAAAUAAAUGCUAUCGCUGAAAAAUCCCCCGUCGCCGGAAUCUCCGACGCCGUCUGGAAAAUUCGCCUCUCUCUCUAUCUCUCCCUCCGUGUGUGUCUCUGUACUGCGUGCGAUGAAACUUCAUGGAGGGGUGGAAAAAAUUCCCACGACAAUAUUUCCCAGCCAAGGAAGAUGCGGAGGAACCGAUGAUCCGGACCGCACCGUUUUCCACCCCCUAGUACCGAUUCAGAAUAUACGUGUUUUUUUGUAUUCUACGUAGAAUCCAAACAAUCGAGGACAGCAGCCACAAAAAGCAAGAUACAUAGUACUCGUAGCCGAUCGCGAACAACUGUAACAACGCAAAUAGAGUGUCGAUUUAUGCAUUGGAUCAGGAAUGUUUUGCCGAAAUGGCUAUUAUAUAUUUUAUACUCUUCAGUAUAAUAAUCGAAAAACUCAUAUUAACAGCAUGCAAGAUCAGGAAAAGCUAGCUAGCUAGUGCAUAAAUAAAUAAAUAAAUAAAUAAAAAUGAUGAGUUCGUCGUCAUCAUCAUCAUCACCAUCGACGGCGGCGGUUUUGGUAGCAAUGAUCAUGAUCAUGUCGCUCAUCGGGACUCAUCCGACGUCGGCGCAUGAGAUAACCCAUGUCUGCAACGGUGCGGUGUUCCACCGCGACGAUCACCGGCGAGUUUGCGUGUACCAUCUGCUCGACCACUUGCUCGGAUGGACGGAUCCGGUGCCGGUGGGCGAAUACUACGACACUUACGACUGCGAUCGGGGCAGGCACACCGUCUACGGUUACAGGUGGAGAGCCGACGGUUACGACGGGGCGGCGUGCCUUGGUACGGCGAAAGACGUCCUGCAGAACAGGCAGUGUGCCGGCCAUAUCGGAGGUCGGGCGUGGAGCGAAGGGUUGUGUUACAUGAGGUUUGAGAUGUAUCCCAUAGAAGAAGACCUAGAAUAAUUAAUAUAAAUCGAUAUAUUUAUCGCUCUCGAUUUUUUUAAAAUUUUCGCUCUAAACUUCUUUAUAAUGUGCGGUUGCGCUUUCCUUGUAACCCUAGUUACGUUACUUGCUUUGUAAAAAGAGUUGUAAUAAAACUGAUGUACUAUCGGCCGGCGGCGGCGGGCCUUACAAAUAAGAAAGAAAAUAAGAGAAAGUUGUUAUUUUUCUAAAUGUAUAUUCGUGGAGAAAUCAAUUUCUCGCAGAGCUCCUGACCCUUCGCGACUUCUUACGUUGGUGCAUGACUUACUCGAUCACUAAUGUUUUGUAUUGUGGGGAUGCGCAGGUGAUCGUUCGGAUGAUUAAUGCGAAGGACUCGGCGCACGCGGUGGGCGGAGCUCUCCUGCAAGAGAUUCAGGUGUUGCGGGCUUCUUUCCUUCGUGCAACGUUCCAUUUCGCUCCCCGUAGGUAUAAUAGAGCUGCCCAUAUCGUGGCAAGACAAGCCCUUGGAGCGAUGGUGCAGACACUUGUCGACCAUCGUGUUUUAUUUAUUUAUCGUAUCUUUGCUGCUUCCCUCUCAGGAUAACUUUGGAAAAAAAAAAAGCAAAUAAACUUACUCGAAAUGAAUCAAAAUAAGGGAAAGGUAGAUGAGCACAUUUAUGGGGUGAACUCUCUCACUCUAAAAAUCUAUACUCUUACUUUCUCACUCUAAUUAAUUGGUUGCGAUGUGCGUUGGUUAUUUUUUUCAUAUUAUUUUUUGGCAUAAUAUAUUUUUAUAGUCAUUUGUGACAAAUAUAGCUACAAUUUCGAAAUAUAUACAAAAUAUCUGUUUCCGUCGAUCAGUUUUAACGGCGCGCGUCGGUUAACAACUUGAAUGGGUGUAUUUACAUUUGUUAUAUUUGACAUUACCUUUUUUUUAUGUAUAUAUUCGUAGAGAAAUCCAUUUGAAAGAAAGGAAAUAAACUCAAUCGGAAUGAAUCAAAUUAAAAUACUACACGCUUGCGAGGUUUGUGCCUAUCAAUAGGGAAAGGUGUGCAUAUUUAUGGGGUUGCACUCUGAAAUCUGUACUCUUACUUUCUCACUCUAACUUGAUCGUCGGGGGUAAAACUGGUCGAAAAUGGUUGUAUUCGAAUUUAUACUCUUACUUUCUCACUCUAAAUAAUUGGUUGCACCAUCAGUAGCUAGUAGUAAAUAUCAACUUGUCUUAUUUUCUUUGUACUUACUUUAAUUCGGCAAACGUUCGUGAUCCAUGGAUUAAUUAAGAUUAACCGCCCUUGAGCUUGUAAGCACUAUGUUUGUGCUUAGCCUGGUGUGCCCUAAUUAUUAAUGAAGACUACUCUACUCUAAAGAAGGGAGUUGUUGAGGAGAGGAGAGGGAUGCUAGGACCCACUUGUUAAAAGAUUGAGAUUAGAAAUCUCUUUUAAAUACAUAGGGUUUAGUAUGAUCAUUUAAGUUUAAUUAGGAUAUGAUAUGCUCGUCAAUGUUAGCUCAAUGAAGGACUCCAAUCAACUCAAAACUCAUUAGAUACAUAGGUUUUAAGUGUUAUGAAAUUUUUAAGGACUUCAAUGAACUCAAAGUCUGACUAUGCCUCUACCAAAUAUGCAAUAAGCAUCUAAAUGAUCAAACUAAAGAUGCAUGUAAUACUUAAAAGGAUUACAUAAUAUAUUGAUUAGAGCUCAUAUUGAUAUCCCAAGAUGUGCUUUAGCUUAUUGGUGGAAAUCAUGUUAUACACCCUAUAACAGUACUUAGGUCUUGAGAUCAAUCUUCGACUCGUUCCAGAUGUCAAGCUGGCGCCAAUGAUCCACCUGACCAAUGGAAUCGCGACUUGCUUGACUUAGAUUUAUUGCGAAAAAAGUAUAGAGAUCGAGGAACGGCUUGAUUAACUCGCGGUAGAUGAAUCAAACCGUUAAAAUCGCAAGCCGCGAUUAUUUUCUGCCGAGUUUGACCUAUCUUACUUUGAAAAAACCCUUAUGUAAUAGAUUUGUUAAACAUAU